AUGGAUGAUGAGUUUUACUUUACCCAACCAACUGCUGAUGUAAGCGAUGAUAAUGUGUUUAGGCAACCAGUUAUCAAUCAGGUCCCUGUUCUGUACGUUUAUUCGCCGUCUGGAGAGAAGAUUAUUGAAUUUCCCCUAGUGAAAAAACAUGUAACUAUUGGACGCGAUCCCAGCUGUGAUAUAUGCAUCAAGUCAUCAUCAUUUCUUUCAAGAAAGCAUGGAGUCUUUGAAUUGAAUGAGAAUUAUUUCUGCACGAUAACCGAUCUUGGUUCACUGAAUGGGAUACGCGAAAUAACCUCCAGUUAA